AUGACGAUGGACAUUAGACAGUCUCGGUUGAAUGUGAAAAUCAACGGACAUUGUGCUUCGAGUGCUUGCGACAGUGACGUGAGUGGAAUAGAAAUGGCUCAAACCAAGUUGGAUAAUUUCAGAACCGGGAAGAACUCCGGCAAACGUUCGUUCGAUGUGGCAUUCCUAAUGAUGCCCGACGAAAAGUUGAAAACUAAACAGGUGAAGAAAGUUCAUUCUCCGACGAUUGACGUGGAAAGUGAUUCAACGCAGUCUACCAGAUCGGAAGAUUUGUCAGUGAAAAAUGGAUUCAGUCCCAUUCGUCCCGUCGAGGAAAGGAAUUUUAAUUUUGAUUUGCUCAGUAGACCUCGACCGCAAGAGGGAAGUCCACAUUCGAUCCAGGAUCUGAGCAAUGAUCGGUUGGCAUACAUGCUGCCAAAUGUGAGAUUCUACGAAAAUUCAAGCCUGAUGGCAAUUCGUGAAAAAGCAGCUGGGAACUUCCUGGACUCGGAACUUCCUCGAAGUGCAUUUUCCAAAGUAACCAGCAUCACAGUAUCGGAUUCUCCCAUCCCGCCGCUAAGUCCGGAUCAGCACAGUUGUCCAUCAACGAGCCCACCCAUCUCCAUUAGCCCGGGCGCUCCAGCAAACUUCCGUUACGAUUACCCCUUCAUGAACGGAAGUCCUCAGACUCCCCCGGAUCUGACUCCACCCCCAGCGUCUAAAACGAAGCAAAUGAUGUACCGAGCACCUAUCCAACCGGAAUCGGAACUGCCCCAGGGAUACUUUCAAUCGCCGCCGUUUAUGCCAUUCGGCCCUGGAGCACCCCCAAAUUUGCUCCCCGAAAUGGACGGAAUGAUCCGGAAUCCUGCCGCAGCAUUCCUGUCCACGUUGCUGCCGUCGGCGAUGGGUGCAUUUUCCCUGUCUGCACAGAAUACCUGCGCGAAGUGCAACAUCAGCUUCCGGAUGACCAGUGAUCUGGUCUACCAUAUGCGAUCGCAUCACAAGAACGACCACCAGCAGGAUCCCCACCGGAGGAAACGGGAAGAGAAGCUCAAGUGUCCGGUGUGUAACGAGAGCUUCCGAGAGCGGCAUCACCUGACGAGGCACAUGACGGCCCACCAGGACAAGGCAAAGGACUUGCUGGACCCGAAGAAGAGGACCGCGGAACAGCGGGCGGCAUCGGCCGGCAGGUCAUCAUAA